AAAAGAAAAGAGAAGUGGGCAGUUGGAGGGAGGGAGUGUAGAGAUAACAGAUCAGAGGGAGGAAGGGAGAGGAGGGACUGUGAUUUCAGCAGCAGGCAGGCAGGCAGGCUGGAGCUCACCUCCACCAACACGGCCAGGCCUAGACUCUGGAAUAUUUCUCACACUAUCAGCUUGUUUGUAUGAAUGAACCUCUCUGUAACCUGGGACCAUGGUCGGACUCUCAGCGACUGCUGUAGAGGCAAUGGAGCAGUUGGUGAGUGAGUUGAAUGCUCUCCUGAAGUUGCUGGAUCAGGAGACCCUGAGCUCCUCCACGCAGGAGAAGAAGACCUCAGUUUGGAACCUCCUGCAGCAGAUCCAGCCAUCAGUUUCAGGAACAGAUUACAUCUAUGUCAACUCAGCAGUGUACAGGAACGGCACCAGCUUUGUGGAGUCGCUCUUUGAGAAGUUCGACUCUGAGCUCGGAGACCUAAAGGAUGUAAAUGAUGAUUCGAAGCUAGAAAAAGACACACAAAGUCAGACUUUGAAACAGGACUGCGGAGACUCUUCGGCUGUGCAUUCAGCAGAUUCCGCUCCACCUCUGCCCACAACUCCUCCGCCUGAGGACUAUUAUGAGGAGGCAGUGCCACUCAGUCCGGGCAAGAUGCCCGAAUACAUCAUCACAAGAGUCAGACCAAGCCCUCCCAACUCCAUCGAGGAUGGAUAUGAAGACGCCGACUGCAACUACCCAACCACUCGCAUCAACUCCCAUCGUAAAAACUCUUAUAAUGAUUCUGACGCUCUGAGCAGCUCCUAUGAGUCAUACGAGGAAGACGAGGAAGAGAGGAGCCCCAGUGUGCGACUCACUCAUCAGUGGCCCUCAGAUGAGAGCUCCAUGCCCCCGACCAGGGACUGUCGCAUCUGUGCCUUCCUCUUACGCAAGAAACGCUUCGGCCAGUGGACCAAACAGCUCACGGUUAUACGGGAGAAUCGAUUACAGUGUUAUAAGAGUUCCAAGGACACAUGCCCCUAUGUAGACCUGCUGCUACCCCAGUGCACUGUGGUCUACGCCCCAAAAGACAGCAAACGGAAGCACCAUGAACUCCGCUUCACCUUACCCAAUGGAGAUGGUCUGGUGCUGGCUGUGCAGAGCAAGGAGCAAGCGGAGAGAUGGCUCGGGGUGGUCAGAGAGGUGAAGGGUCCAUGCACCGGGCCGGAGGUACCCGCGUCGCCCGUCAUUCUGAGGAAAACCGAACUCGACAAGGUGAGUCAAAAGAGGUUAUCUACAGAGAAGAACAAUUCUGAUUCAGACAGCGUUGGCAUAUCAACGGGGGAGAACCUCCGAGAAAGUGGUAAAGUGAAGCGCGGAGCCUUUGCCGCAGGUCGAAAGAUCACACGCAUCAUCAGCUUCUCAAAAAAGAAGACUCCUCGAACAGUUUACAACGACCCUCGACAAGGUUAUCUGUCAGUGCUCGUCAACCAAGAGUGGCAGGAGCACUGGUGCUGUGUGUGUCGAGGCUUCCUGCACUUCUAUCACGACAGAGGCGACCAUCAGACCUCCUUGCCUUCCCUCCCACUGCAUGGCUGUGAAUUGGUGCCAGGCCUGGGACCCAAGCAUCCCAUCGCCUUCAGAAUCUUACGAGCAAGCACCACCGUAGCUGCUCUCGAGGCAGCCAACUCUGAGGACCUCGGUAGAUGGCUUGGGGUUCUCCUGGCAGAAACUGGCUCGACAACAGAUCCAGAGUCCCUGCAUUAUGACUGCGUCGACGUGGAGACCAUUGCUAAUAUCCGCAAUGCCGCUCGCCAUUCCUUCCUAUGGGUCACGUCAUCCGGAAAUAACACAGACUCCAGAACAUACGACGAAGUCCCAAAUGAGGAUUUGCAGUCUAACGAGAGAUGCCGAAAGCAGUGUGGAAACCAAGCGAAGCGGCGCUCAAGUUUGUCCAGCAGUGAUUCUGACAAAACCAAACCGUUAACCUCCCUCAAACGAACAGGUUCAAACUCGAACCAGUAUGGAAGGUAUGGGAAAACUCGAGCAGAGGAGGAUGCGAAGCGCUAUGUGAAAGAAAAAGAAGAGCUAGAAAAAGAGAAGGAUGCCAUUCGGAAUACGCUCUCGAAGCUCCGACAGGAGAAGCGAGAGCUGAAGGAACAGCUGCAAACGGCUUCUGAGAAGAGAUGUGUCCUCUUAAACCAGCGUGUGUCCCAACUGGAAGAGGCUUGUCGGGCUAAGGAAGCAGCACGAGUGGACCUGGAACUGCGACUGUCCCAAGUCAAAGAAAACCUGAAGAAAAGCCUGGCGGGUGGAGCCCUCGGUGCACCCGUGGAAACUGUCCCCCCUGCCAAGGGAUCCAGAAAGAAGACUUCCAAUAUUUACAGUGAUAGCUUACCAGUAAACUGUGCCUCGGAGAUGCGCAAGAGACCUCCCUCUGUGUACGCUUCGUCUUCAGGAACUGUCAUGCAGAAAGCAAAGGAAUGGGAAUCAAAGAAAAAGACUUAAAGGCAGCAUCUUCAGACGUCCUUACAGUGAAUGGAACUGAUUACAGGACGUAAUCGUCGCAACCUGCCAUUCUGCUGAAAAUAACUUCUCACCAGCAUUCAGAAGCACAGACCUCCAACGAUUCAAUGUUGUAAUGACAGAAAUAGCCACACGGUGGAGGUGCAUCUUCUAAAGUGCUUUUGUUCUUCAGCGCCCCGUUUCAGAACUCCAAAGACCGUCAUUGCAAUGUUUUGCCUGAAAUAACGUGGAAACUCCACUUGGUCAGCACAAAUGAGAUAUGGAGGGUACUGGAAUGUUGCAAAGCACAGUGCACUGUGAAUGCAUGUAAAUGUAAGAUUAUCUUGGCUGGGGUGGCUAUGUUUUUGGAUGAGAAAAGAAAAAUGUGAUGUGACGUGAUAAGAUGAUUGAAAGUCAAUUGAUUCACAAUGUGCCUUUCAAUUAUCAUUGUUUUUUUUCCUUUUUAUGACUACUGUUUUCUCUGUCUUGAGCUUUGUGUGUAGUUCAUGUCUGUUUUCAUAAG